GAUGACAUAUCAAAAAUAUAUGUGGCUGAGUGAAGCCAUCAAUCUUGCAUCAAACACUCAACUCUCUUAUCUUGAUCAUCCCCACAAAAAAUCCCACACUUGGUUUCAUAAAAAUAAAGCUCCAAGUUUCUCAUUACCACCACACUCUUCUUCUCCACAAUGUCUAGCUUUACCAUCUCCCCAGCCACUUCUCAGAUAUGUUCAGGCAAGAAUGGAGUGUUUGCUCCAUUAUCUCAAUCAGCAGUAGUCAAGUCAACAAAGAGUGUUGGCAAAGACAGGCCUGUUGGGAUGAAAGUGAGGUGCAUGGCUUCGAGUAUUCCGGCUGAUCGUGUGCCUGAUAUGGAUAAAAGAAACACCAUGAAUCUGCUUCUUCUUGGUGCUCUUUCUCUUCCUGGCACUGCCAUGCUUGUUCCUUAUGCUACCUUCUUCGCUCCCCCCGGAUCAGGAGGUGGUGGCGGUGGUACCAAUGCAAAGGACGCUCUUGGAAAUGAUGUAGUAGCAGCAGAGUGGCUAAAGACCCACGGACCUGGUGACAGAACGCUCACUCAGGGAUUAAAGGGAGAUCCCACAUACCUUGUUGUGGAAAGCGACAAAACCCUAGCAACCUAUGGAAUCAAUGCAGUGUGCACACAUCUUGGUUGUGUUGUACCUUGGAACAAAGCUGAGAACAAGUUCAUGUGCCCAUGCCACGGAUCUCAGUACAACAACCAAGGCAAGGUUGUGAGAGGCCCUGCUCCUCUGUCCUUGGCUCUGGCACAUGCAGAUAUCGAUGACGGGAAAGUUGUGUUUAUUCCAUGGGUUGAAACAGAUUUUAGAACAGGCGAAAACCCAUGGUGGUCUUAGAUUGUUAUUCAUUCGGAGUCGGGAGUUCUCUGCCUUUCCGUAUGUAAUCAAUCAAAAUUGAAGUGUAUCUGAUGUCAUUUGUUGAAAACCUCAAAAGUUUAUAAGCUGUAAAGUACAGAUACAAGCUGAUAUUUGCACUAGCCCAAAUUUUGUGCAUUGAUGUUGUAUAAUAUAUAAUGUAAUUUAGUAAGAUUUGUUUCAUCA